AUGCCUGCCGGACCAGACGAGACCGAUAACCACGCCACAGGCGCCCCAACUGAGAGCAUUGCCAGAGAUGGUUCCUCCAAGACGGAGAGCAACGCAAGCACACACCCAAUCCACGACCAAGGACCACCAAAGGGAGAGCAAGUCGACACCAACAUCCACGCCUCUAAGGGACCAGCUGUUCCCAAAGACUUCAACGCCCAGGAGGAGGGCACCAAGGAAGAGAGACGUGCAAAGGCCGAGGCUUUGAACAAGUAA